UUCAUUCAAAGCCAACGUUUUUCAUUCAUCCAGCAAAAGUCUGUGGAUCACAUUUUUUCCCCCGAGGUCUGUGCAUUGUUUAUGCAAUGGGUCUUGUUUGUAAUGCUUUGUAGUAGAUUUUAAAAAAAUAAAUAAAUAAAUACAUAAAUAAAUAAAAAUAGACGAGAUACACGUUGCGUCGCUUGAAUAGAAGGACCGUCCGAGAAGAACAUUUUGUUGCAGAGAUUUGUAGAGGGGCCCGAGGAACAACCGGCUCUUCAAUCAGAGGUUCCUCUUCAUCUUCAGAUUAUAUACAUCAUCACUGCUCAUAAGAGUCGACGGAAAGGGUCCAAAUUUUACACCAGAACAUAAGGCAUCAGGGGAAUUGAAGCACUUAAACACCAAGUGUUGGAAGCCCGAGAGUCGAUGCAGGUUUUUUUUAAACGCAACACUGUGAAAUGUGAGUAGCGCUUCAACAAGAGUUGAGCUACACAUUCAGAGGUAGAGGAGACUUAUCCACUGAAACUUAUGUUUGAGGAAAAUAAGAGUGAUGUCUAUAUAUCACCUUUCAGGCAGAGGAUGUCAUCCAUGUUUGGUAAAUCGAGAUCUUGCAGUGUUGUUAAUUUGUCUACCAUCCCAGACCGAGGUCUGAAUGAAUGCAAUAUAGCAGUGUUAGGAUGCAGAGGAUCGGGAAAAUCUGCUUUGACUGUGAAGUUUCUCACCAAAAGAUUCAUCAGUGAAUAUGAUCCAAAUUUGGAAGAUACUUACACCUCAGAAGAAAUUGUGGAUCAGCAGACGGUUCUUCUGAAAGUCAUGGAUACGGCGGACCAGGAUGGGCCUGUGAACUGUGAACGCUACCUUAACUGGGCCAACGCCUUCAUAGUGGUGUACAGCAUUGAGAACAGAAGGAGUUUCGAAGCGUGCCGUCUGUACCUGGACACUGUGUCCAUCCACACUAAGGGAGUGCAGCAGGAGUACCCAGUCAUUCUACUGGGGAACAAACUGGACAUGGAAAGAUACAGACAGGUCAGCAAGUCCGAUGGGCUGUCAUUGGCCUCCAAGUAUGGCUGUUUGUUUUACGAGGUGUCGGCCUGCCUGGACUUCGACUCGGUGCAGCGUGUGUUUCACGAGGCCGCCCGCGAGGUCAAGCGCGAGACGGAGAGGAGCCUGCCGGUGCGGCCGCUCUUCAUCAGCGAGGAGAAGGCGGUCGUGAGCCUGUCUUCCGCCACGGCCCUCCCCGCCAACUACAAAGAGCUGCCCUCCGUCGCCCAGGCCAAAGUCAUCACCGUCAAGUCCUCCCGAGCGCAGAGCAAGAGGAGGGCCCCAACGCUUACCCUGCUCAAGGGCUUCAAGAUAUUUUAACCACUUGAACGCAGACUCAGUUCAGCAAACAGUCAAACCAAAAACCAAAACAUUCAACCAAAACAGUCUAUUCCUGUCAUAUGGGGCUGAAGCAGAAGAGGAGGAAGUGAUAUGAUGGACACAGGAAGCUGCAUGCGUGUGUGUGUGUGUGUGUGUGUGUUGAAAGGGGUGGGUAGGUGGUCAAAGCUUUAUAUUUUAUCAGGAAAAUAUUGCCUCAAGCCUGCGGAGUGACUAUCUCUACUAUAUUUUCUCUUUAUGUUCUUCUGUGCAUUGAUUAGAAAACAAACAUCCAGUGCCACCUGAAACAGUUGAAAUGUUCUGCUGGAGUUACUGAAUUUGAGGACUGCCCUCCAGUGGCGGAUAAGGGUAACUACAGAAGCAGCUAUGAUUUAAGCAUGCGGUAGCUGCUCCCCUCUCAAUGUGGCUCAGUGUUUCAGAUUCAAAACCUAGCCACCCACUUGUUGAAUAUAAUGAUGUGCAAUGCCAAAACUGUUACAAAAACAGGGUGAAUAUAUGUUCUAGGCAAUUAGUAAAAAUGAAACACACACAUGGUACAGAGAUAUGAUAUAAGCAAUUAUGUGCUUUUCCCUUAUAUUUUACAUGCUGUAAAUAUGGAUACAUUCUUAAUAUGCAUAGUUUGCACAGCUGAGAAAGUAGCAAAUAAGAGAUAGCACAGCCUUGUGUACAGAAUAUUUAGUAGAUGUUUAGUAACUUUUGAAUGACUUUUUAAAAAUAAUGUUUCAAAGCAUUGUAAAAUACUGUUAAUACAAUACAAUAACAACAAUUAUUAACAAUAAUAACCCUGUACUGAAAUUUACUGAGUAUCUCCAUAGAAACACAUUGCAUGUAUUUGAAUAGUUUGUAUGGAUCUUUAUUCAAUUUAAAACACUCAGUACAGCAGUAGUUUCCAGCUCCACCCUUCACAUCUGUUCCACAGUGAUCACAGUAUAUCUCUUGGAAAUUUAUGAAAGAUCACAGUUCAAAAAAUAUUUCUUAGCAAAAUAAGUAUGCAAUGGAUCAUUUUAUCUUCCAUGUACUGUACUGUAUUAAAAAUACUGCAGACAUUAUCCCCAUACAGUUGCAUUUAUAUUUUUCAAAUGAAUGACUUUGUUGAGAUCAUUCAGAAGCUGGCAGAUGAUUUAUGUGCACAGUGACGUCUGAAUUAACUAGCUGUCAAAGGGAACUAAAGCUUUGUGUUCACUUAAGACAGGUGAUGGUGUGUUCCACGGGUAAUUACAUAAAACAAUAGCUUUGUAUUAGAUAGUGUUGAGUUCUUUAUGGAGGGAUCUCUACAUGUAAAAAUUACUUCAGAUAUUUUGGUGGAUUAUUUUUAAACCACCUCUAAAAACCAAACGUUGACAGGCAGGUAGGGUUUAAACAGUACAUAAAUAAAUGAUACUGCAUUAGCAUGCAUGCCCAGUGUUAAUGCAAUGCUUUUUAGCUAUCACUUGCUGAUGGCAUUCUUAGAAGCUAGUUAUAAAAAUAAGACAUUUGUUUUGUUUUUCUUCUGACAAAGUCCAACCUGCAGGUUGAUGAACUGAAAGGAAUCUGGGUUUAGCUGCACGCCUGCCUUAUCCUACAUACGUUCACCACAGCCUAUAUUUGUGAUUAUGAAGAGGUCUGGAAGUAAAUUUAACAAAUGG